GCUGACCCUCUGCUGUGCUCGCCCCAGCCUUGGCCCCUCUCCGGCACCUCCACACCAGGGGCUCACUCCUGCCUGGCCAAAACCAACGCGUCCUUCCUGCAGCUAAACAGUGGCGAUCUAUUCCAAACCCAGCUAUGAAUAGCAGGGGCGGGGGGAGCAGGGAGCAUGCCGGGUGGAAGGCGCAGAGCUGGGAGGUGGCUGGGCUGGCGGAGGUGGGACAUUUGCAAUUAAAAGAAAGGUGGCAGCUCAGAAAGCCAGCAUGAUCGCAUCCCCUGGGUAGCUAUACCUACUUUGCCUUUUAUAAAAAACAAGCCUUGAUUGUAAAAAGAAUAUUGCUACUCUGUCUAGAUCAAGGCAGUUUUAUGUUAGUGCUAUAAGCAGAAAAAGAGGAAGGGGGUGUCUGCUCCAAGCCAGCUCCCCACGAGUGACCCUGUGCUCCUGCCGAGCCCCUCGCAGGUCCUUCCAAACCUCCCUCACGGAGUUUAGAUAACCAGGGUAAAAGCUCUUUCCAAGUGGAGGCCUGCUAUCUGUGACCCUCACUUUUCAUUCUAAAUAUUUCUUUUCUCCUUCUUCUGCUCUCUUCCUCGUUUAUAACCGGUAAAAUCACGGUCUGAGAGCAAGAGACGGUGAGACCUGCCCCGCUAGGUCACAGCAACAGCCCCUAUGGCACCCAGUGCUGGUGCUCUCCACCAUGAGGCUGCCCUGGGGUCUCCUCCUGCUGGCAGCAGCCCUGGCGCUGGGGGGCAGGGCUGCCACCCGCUGCCCCGCGCCCUGUGUCUGCGACAAUCUCCGUGCCCACGUCCUCUGCCUCAAUGGGAACCUGACAGCCAUCCCCAGCACCAUCCCGCAGCUCACCAAAAAACUGGACCUUUGGGGCAACAGCUUCACAGUCAUCCCGGUGGGAGCCUUCCUUGCCACCCCCUACCUCACACACUUGGACCUGCAGCGCUGCAAGGUGGAGAGGCUGGAGGAAGGGGCUUUUCGGGGGCUGGGGAGGCUGGUCUACCUCAACCUGGCCUCCAACAGCAUAGCCCUCCUCUACCAGGAGUCCCUGGAUGGGCUGUCCUCCCUCCAGCAGCUCAUCCUGGAGGGGAACCGUAUUGAGGAGAUCCAGCCAGGUGCUUUUGGGCAUCUGGGGUCCCUCACUGUCCUUGACCUGAGGGCGAAUGCCUUGGUCUACCUCCCAGACAUGGUCUUCCAGGGUCUGCAGGUCCUCAGGUGGCUCCGGCUGUCCCACAAUGCCCUCCACGUGCUGAGCAGCGAGGCCUUCACCGCCCUGCCUACCCUGCGCAGGCUGAGCCUGGACCAUAAUGAGCUGCAGGCACUGCCUGGUGAGGCCCUGGCCAGGCUGGAUGGGACCACCCAGCUGGACCUGGGCCACAACCCCAUCACCUACAUGCCUGAGGAAGCCCUGGCCAUGGCCUCCCUGAAGCACCUCUUCCUGGACCAUGCUGCCCUCCAGGACGUGGCGCCCAAUGCCUUUGCCCGCAGCCCCCAGCUGCGCACGCUGGACCUCCGCGAAAACCAGCUGCGGGGAUUGCCACCUCUGGCCGGGAUCAGGGGGCUGGUGAGGGUCAGCCUGGCUGGGAACCCCCUGCUCUGCUCCUGCCUCCUGCGCCCCUUUCACCACUGGCUGGUGAGGGCACGGGUGCAGGUGGAAGGGGCCUGCGCUGCACCCCCCACCCUCUGUGGCCGGCCCCUUGACUCCCUGAGGCCCACGGAGAUGCGAUGCAGCCGGCCCUGGCUGCCUCCCAGCCCUGCUGCACCUUCACAGCAGCCAAAGUUGGCUGGCAGUGGGCAGUGCCCCCAGGGGUGCACCUGCUCCCCUGAUUUCCGGCACGGGUCCUGCGAGAACAGGGACCUGCGGGAGAUCCCCCGGGGCUUCCCCGGGGACACCCGCCUCCUUGACCUGCGCCGAAACGCCUUUGGGACGGUGCCACCGGGUGCCUUCCCUGGCCUGAAGGAGCUGGUGUCCCUCCACCUGCAGAGCUGCAGCAUUGGGGUGCUGCGUCCCGGGGCGCUGCGGGGGCUGGAGAGCCUGGUCUACCUCUACCUCACCGACAACCGUCUCUCCACCUUGGUGGCCACCGCCUUCGAGGGGGCCCCGCGGCUGGCCUACCUUGACCUGGACCGCAAUGCCUUCACUCACCUGCCCACGGGUGCCUUCCAGCUCCUGCCCAACCUCAUGUCCCUCCACCUGCAGCACAACGCCAUCGGGGAGCUGGCGGAGGGCGACCUGGCUGGGGCCAGAGGGCUGCGCUGGCUCUACCUUGCUGGGAAUGCCAUUGGGCACAUCGCCCCUGCUGCCCUGGCUCCUGCCAAGUUGCUGGAGAAGCUGCACCUGGAGGGAAACCGCCUGGUGGAGGUGCCCACCCCAGCCCUGAGGGGCCUGCCUGCCCUGAGCGAGCUGAAGCUCUCCCAAAAUCCCAUCAAGCGCGUGGGGGACAGUGCCUUCCUGCUGCUUGCCUCCAGCCUGCAGCACCUUUACCUGGACAACAUGGGCCUGGAGCAGAUUUCCCCCAGUGCCUUCACUGGCCUUGGUCCCAAGAUCAGAAGCCUCUACCUGGAGAGCAACAAAAUGAGCAACAUCCCCGACAUGAGCAACUUCACGGGGCUGGAGAUCCUCAACCUGCGGGAUGUGCCUUUCCACUGCGACUGCCAGCUCCUUCCCCUGCGCAGGUGGAUCGACAAACUCAACCUCCGUGUAGGGGCCACCUGUGGGUCCCCUGCAGAAGCCCGGGGCUUGAAGGUGAAGCUUUCCACCACUUUCCAAACCUGCCCUGACUGGGGCCGAGGCAAGGCUGGGGGAGCCAGUCCUGAUAAGACCAAGGCUGUGAGCAAGCUCAGCAAGAAAAAGAGAUCGGGAAAAUCACCAGCCAGAGGCUUCAAGAAGAGCAGAGCUUAGGAAGGAGGUGGAGGAUGCAACUGGUGAGAGAGUUUUGCUGGAUUUGUCGCCACCACGGUGACAUGGAUAUUGCACAAGGUGCAAAGGAGAGCGCCUGGUGCCACCGGAGCGAUGCCAAUUUGCCAAAGAUGCUGCAUUUGUUUUUGCAGGGCACAAAGGCGCAUUACCCUGGAAAGAACUAGCACAAAAAGCUUCCGUAGAGUUUGCAGCGCACUUUGAUGACUCGAACAACAAAGGCAAAUACUUGCCUUUUUCUUCCCACGGUUCUCUUCAGCCACGCAGAAAAGCUGGAAUCCACAAGUUUGGUUUUGUUUUUAAGAGCGCGGCGCAGGACUGCAAACAGCACCCACGCAAGAUCCUGCACUGGCUCAUAUCUUAAGAGCAGGAAACUUAAAAAUUAUCAUCAGUGAAAACAUUGCCCAAAUGCCCAGCAGCUCCUCAGAAUUAAAAUGUAAGCAAUCAAAAGCUUUCUGUUUCCUGCAAAACUUGAUCCCACAUCCCACUCAUAAGUGACGUACCCAACCUAUUCCCCAUGGCAGCCCAGGUUGGGCCCCCCCUAGCCCCAGGGGGAACACAAGGCGAUUAGUCUUUUUAUAGUCAGAGGUUGGUUUGAGUUGGGAAGGCUUUAAAAGGUAAAUGCUUCUGGCUGCUAAAUGACCAUGUGGGGCAUGGAACUGUUACAGAAAAAAAACAAAUUUGGGAAUUACCAUCC